CUAGCAGCUGUUGGUGUCUUGGAGAUCUCAUCUAGCCUUUUCUUAAAGGAUGCCAGGGAAUCAUUUAGCAUUGUGGAUUUGCAACUUGUUCCAAACAACUGCUCCACAUGUUUUAAAUGUAAAUCAAAUUAAUUUCUGCUGGUAUCUUCAAGUCCUUGUGUCACACUUACUCCGGAGGGCUGUGUUGUUAGCAUCCAGGCUUUGGAAUAUGUGAGGUCUUUUUAUACGCCAGAUUUCGUAAUGUUUCUCAAUCUUCUACACGGGAAUCAUGGCAUAAGAUUAAAAGGAAGGUGCUACUGAAGUGUAGCAGUAACACUCAUGCGAUCCGCCUGCUCUUCCUCUCUGGUCGGGUCCCCAGUGUAGACCGACUGCUCGGGGGGCUCGUUCUCCGGUAGGUGACUUUAUAAACUACCCCGUCGUGAGCAGCCCGGGGUUACAGCCAGCGCUCCCGUUACUGCACGGAGCCGGGUAACAGGCUGUUACUUUGGGACGUGGCUGAGCAAUUGUCCUGCAAGGGACACGAUUCUCAGUCCUCUGGACUUGCGCUUGGCCAACACCUGUAAACUGGAAACUACUGCAGAUUUUUAGGUUUUCUGUUACUGUGUUAGGUCCAUUUUCUCUUCACAUGCAGCGGAAUAGAUGGAGUAACAUGGAAUUUCGUGCUUCGGGUUUGUAAACAUAUUUUUGUAUGGGGGAACCCUUUGCGUCCUGCGUCUACAAUGGUUUGGGCACAGCUGGAGUCAUGUCGACGAAGUGAAAACUUCAGUAUGAGCUGGAAUCAGAUUAAAUUUACUUCAGAUGAUGCUGCUCCAACACAACGCCAGCUAUCGACUGUGAAACAGUGCCCCCGCCCCAAGGACGGACAGCGUGGGGGAGCCGCUAUCUCCUCGGCCUGCUCCCGGCUCUCCAGCGCCCCCCUGUGGCUCCCAAACUUUCCUCCGAAACCGAUUUCCUCCCGUUUUACUUCCUGUUUUCAAAGGGAGUCACAGCUCAGCCUCUUUCAUUUUAACUUUUAAUUCUCCUCUGCGCGUCCUGUUUCCCUUUUGUUUUAUUGGACUUUAUUUUCCGUUUGUUUUAACUAAACUCUAAAACAAAACAACUUCUUUGCUCUCCCUCCGUCUGUUUCGGUGGGCAGUGGAAAAUGCUGGACUCGCUUUUCUCUCCGGCCCUGAUGGAUUUCACGUAGCCAGGAUCACUUUUAUUCACUCUUCCCCUGAAUAUUUUCUCUUUUUUUUCAACCUCAGUUUUCAGCAGCUUUGCGUCUUCAUCGCCCCCCACAGCUACCUCUGGUCUCGUCGGCUGCCAUCGUGUUUUAUUAUUGAUCUUUUUUUUUAUUUCCCUGUGUUUAAAUAACUUUUAUUAGUCUUUUAAUUUAUUUUACAACUCCGGAGCCAUGUCUGACUUCCAGCGGCCGACGCUGUGCUGUUGCCGGAAAGUUCUGACGGUGCCCAGCAAGUCCUGUGACGGCGGCCCGGCGCCGGGUCACUGCCAGCGGGUCGACAUCGCCUCGGCGUCCAACUUCCACAGCUUCAAGCUCCGCCACUUCCACCUCGACCUGCGCCUCAGCUUCGUCGACAAGGAGAUGACGGGCUGGCAGGUCUUGGAGCUGGUGUCGGUCCAGCCCGGGAUCCAGACCCUGGUUCUGGACACCCACCCGUCUCUGCUCAUCCAUUCCAUUGACUGCAAGGUGUUCGGUACCGGCGGCGCCCCGGACACCAGCACCUCUCUCACCUACCGGGUCGACCCGUUCACCGACUACGGCUCCUCGCUCAACAUCUGCCUGCCGGCCGCCGCGCUCCGGCCGCACCAAGCCUUCCAGAUCACCGUGCGCUACACCACGACCGACGGCCCGGCGAUCUGGUGGCUGGACUCGGAGCUGACGUGUGGCCAGACGCGGCCGCUGGUCUUCACUCAGGGUCACUCCGUGUGCAACCGGUCCUUCUUCCCCUGCUUCGACACGCCCGCUGUCAAGAGCACCUAUUCCGCCACUAUCCGCGUGCCCGAGGGAGUGACCGUGCUGAUGAGCGCCACGCACAGUGUGUUCAGUCAGCAGGAGCAGGCCUAUCAGUUCUCCAUGGAGUUCCCUGUGCCAGCCUACCUGGUGGCUCUGGUGGCAGGAGACCUGCAGCCUGCCGACAUUGGCCCCCGGAGCCGAGUGUGGGCAGAGCCCUGUGUGCUGAGUUCUGCUGUCAAUAAGCUGGGGGGCAGUGUGGAGCGCUGGCUGGCAGUGGCGGAGGGGCUGUUUGGACCGUAUGUCUGGGGCAGGUACGACAUAGUAUUCCUUCCCCCCUCCUUCCCCAUCGUUGCCAUGGAAAACCCGUGUCUGACAUUCAUCAUCUCCUCGAUCCUCGAGAGCCGAGAGUUCCUGGUGAUUGACGUGAUUCACGAGAUUGCGCACGGCUGGUUCGGCAACGCUGUUACUAAUGCCACCUGGGAGGAGAUGUGGCUGAGCGAGGGGCUGGCCACAUACGCACAGAGACGUAUCACUACUGAGGCCUAUGUGUCCGGCCGUGCCUGGACGCUGUGCGUGUGCUGUCCGGCCGUGCCUGGACGCUGUGCGUGUGCUGUCCGGCUGUGCCUGACUCUGUGUGUGUCCUGUCCAGGUGUAAAUCCCAGCAGCCUGAUGAACCUCUUCACGUAUGAGAAGGGCUACUGCUUUGUCUCCUACCUGUCGCAGUUGUGUGGGGACACCCAGCGCUUUGAUGCCUUCCUGCGGGCCUACACCGAGAAGUUCAAGUUCACCAGCGUGGUGGCGCACGACCUCCUGGAGUUCUUCCUGGGAUUCUUCCCGGAGCUGAAGGAGAGCUCUGUGGCCCAGAGAGAGGGUCUGGAGUUUGAGCGCUGGCUGAACGGCUGUGGCCCCCCCCUGUCCGAGCCGGAUCUGUCCGCCGGGUCGGUCCUGACCGGUCCGGUCAAGCAGCUCUGUGAGCUGUGGAGCGUGGACCCUCUCGACCUCCUGACGAUUGCGACUUUCGACCUCUCAACCUGGAGCACCUUCCAAAUCGUGCUGUUCCUGGACCGACUGCUGGACCGCUCACCCCUGCCACACGAGGUGAUGUCCCGCCUGUCCCGCUGUUACUCCGCGCUGCUGGACGGGAUGAACGCGGAGGUGCGGAUCCGCUGGCUGCAGAUCGUGGUGCGGAAUGGCUUCUAUCCGGACCUGUCCCAAGUGCGGAGCUUUCUACACACACAUACCUCUCGGAUGUACACGGUGCCGCUGUACGAGGACCUGUGCUCCGGCGUGAUGAAGUCCUUCGCGGUGGAGGUGUUCUACCAGACCCAGGGCCGCCUGCACCCCAACCUGCGGCGCACGCUGCAGCAGAUCCUGUCCCAGAGCAGCGCACCCCCACUGCUGGCCCCGCCCCCCCCGGCGCCCGACCGCCCCGCCGACGCCCCUCCCGGCAGCACCAUCGCGCUGCGAGACGUCAACGUGUCGGCCUGACGUCCGGGAGAGGGCGCGGAAACGGGCAGAGCCGGAACCACGGAGGGGCUGACCGGCCCACCACAGCGUAGGAGAAGAGCGUCGGAAGAAAGCGGUGUAGAGAACCAGGUGGAAGGUAACAACAGCGCGCGAGGCUGGCAGGACGAGCCGCUGACUGAGUGCACAGGACGUGCCUGUGCUGGACAAGCCUAAACUGCACAGGAGCUUUGUAGACAGAGAACCGCUUGAUGGAGCAUUAACAGAACCCGCACAAAGCCCAUUAUUUAUUGAAAUGUGUCAUAAUGUUUGAUUUAUUUUUUUCCUCCACUGACUGCUCUGUACAACAGGGAUGCACAGCUCGGGGCCUGGGAGGCUGAUAGGCCUCUUUAAAUCUCAACAGCUUAGAACCUGGGAAAAGGGCUGCAGUGAUGCAGUUAAGUCAAAACUUCAUUCAGUUAUGUAAUAAAUAAAAACCUGAAGAGACGGUGGGCUUCAAGGUCUCGAGUUGUGAAUUUCUGCAGUGUGGAGGCUUGUGUGCCACCUGUCUUCUUUUGUAAAGGCACCUGGCUGUAAAGGGGCUCUCCGUUCGCACUCUGCGACCCUGGCUCUCCAGACAGGGAUAGGUGUGAGUGAGAGACGAGAGCCUGCAGUGCAGUGGCACUUUUUGCUGUACGCAUUACUAACAAGGUGGGGACAAAGUUUGAGAAAAUGUGUCCCCUUUGAUAGUUACAACAUAAGGAUGUCCACACAAUAUAAAUGACUUUUUUUUUAAAAGAAAAAUCAUAAUACAGUAUUUUAUUUUUAAGUCUAAAAGUGCCGAACAUAUUUAUUUGGGGUCUCUUUUCUCCACCUGUGGAGAUUGAUUUGAGUGUAGCAGUGAAUAAGAAGAUAAAGAGUCAAGUCUAGAAAUACUAGUGUGUGAGAGUUUGUGGUGUGUGUGAACCCCCCAGCACACAGACCAGCUGACCAGUCCCUGGGCAGCUCCAGGCUGACCAGUCCUUCAGACACAAGUUCCCUGGUGCUACAGCCGUAGACCCUGCCUGUCCUCGCCAUGUCCUCCUCCACUGCGCUUUGCCAGAAAUGCUUCCGAAACGUUGCGUCUGGCACGAUCACACAGCUCCUGGUACUUUUUAUGCACAGUCGCUGCCGGUCAUUAAUCACUGCUGUGGAAUGCUAACAGAAUGGAUUUGACAGCGAUUUUCCUCAGAGACUCAGGGAACAGGAAUGGGAGACCAGCAGACUGCUGGGGGUCUGGGCUGAGCUCCCACAGACCCGACAGCGUCCGCUGGGUCUUAGUGCCCAGCCCUCGUGGGCAUGUGCCUUGGUCAAGGUCUCCUGGAGAGUGGGUUGGUGUGGGCGUGUGCGAUUCAAAGGACAGGAGCUGCGGCUUGCCCAGGUGGAUGCCAGCAGAGCUCUGUUGGCUUGUGGGAUGGUCUCUUGCGAAUGAGCUCAGCUCCCGGCAGAAAGGACAUGUUGCAGCUAGUCAGAGUUAGCAUGGGACAGGGGGCCUGGGCAGCUCUCCCGGGUGACUCGCGAGGUCACAGGGGUCCAGACCACACAGCCUGCUUGUUUUAAAAGCCCCCAGUCAGCUGUGUCGCUCUGCUUGGGGAAUCCUAACCACAGCUGGCUGAUGACAUAGCUCCUUGUGGGGGUGUCCUAAGCAGACCUUUGUGGGUUGAGAGCCCCUCAUGGGCUAUUCUUUCUAAUGUUUUGUAAUAAAAAAUUGAGUUCAUGAAGUGCUUGGGGGUGGAUCUAUAAAUAGAGGACAGUGCAACUUUCGUAGCAUUUGGACUGGAUGGUCCUGCCUUAAUUCCUGGUGCUAAAGUAGCUCCUCCCACCUUAUUCUCCAGCCUGCCUCUCAGCAGGAGGGGGCUGAGCCACAUUGGUGCCAUGCAGCCCUUCAGCUACUAAUUUGGAGCGUGACUGGCCAAUUGCUGCUUCAGCCACACCCAUUUAUGAAAUGAGCCCGCCCCCCCGGUCUGGACAGACACUCUUCCUGAUUGGCUCCACCUGUCUGCCUGCGUUUCCCUGAUUGGAGAAAGAAACUUUUU